AUGGAGGAUUUCUUAGCCACGGUACGAUCCAUUUCUGCCGAUAAAGAUUACGUCCAACUUGCAGAUUAUUUAAACAGAUCAAAUGAUUUAUUAGCCAAGUAUGCAGGCCAGAUUGAUGCUGCGAUUGCAUCACUUGAUCCUGAUCAGCAUUCAUUGGCAUUCAUGGCUCUAUUGUGAGUAUCUCGUUCAAUGUUCCUGAUUGUUUUUCUGUCAUAAUGAUCGGCUUCCGUUUUUAUUUUCUGUUUUAACUGCUUGUUCUUUUUUUGUCCUGAUUAUUGCUUAGGUUAGUGAAACUAUCUUUACCAAAUUAUGGAGACUUUGAGUUGUUAUUCAGUCAGAUUCAGCAGUUCAUAACAAUUUGCUCAAAGGAACAAAUCCAAUUUGCUGGGGAUAAGUGUAAGUCGUUGUCAAACUAUUCAGUCUGGAGUCGUUUUGUUUGUUUGUUUUUUUUUUCCAAUAACAUUUUCAUAUUUGUGUUUUACAGUCGCUCACCUGUGUCAUUUCAUAACGCAUUGCUUAGUGGAUCUCAAGCAGGUAAGAUAUUAUUUUCAAGCUCUUUACUAUGCAUUAGAGAUUACCCUAGGAAUAUAAUUAGGCUAAAUCGAUGGCCUGAGCAGUUUUUCAUUCAGACAAGAACAUUUUCCCCGAAUGAACUUUUUAGAACAGACUCACUUAACAUGGUGGGUUUUCAGAUAUAUAUUUUUUUAUUAUUAUCUAGGUGUUUAGCUUAAAAAUGGAUGAAAAGAACCUAAUGUUAUGAAUAGUAUAGGGACAAAUUGCUAACUAUUGUUUUGUUUCAGCCAAUGAGAGGGAUAAGAAUGAUGUGUAUUGCAAUAAAAAAGGCACAGCAGUCCCCUACACAACUGACUUCAAUUCAUUCAGAUCUUGCACAGGUGAGAUUUCUUGCUGAAAAAAUGUUCACUUUACAGCAGGUUAAAGUUCUAUUUUGCAACUCUGUUUUGAUCAUGUUUUCAUGUUGCACUCAGACUGUCAUGAUUGUAUCAAAAAUUAGAAAUCAGAUAUUAUUUCUUUUGUUCUCUUGACAGCUUUGUUUACUUGCCAAGUGUUUAAAGCCAGCCCUCCCCUUUCUGGAUACAGAUAUAACAGACAUUCACAAAGAGGUAGACCAUUAUGUCCAUGAGUGACCAAGAGAGAAUUUCUCAUUACAAUAUCAAUUCAAUAUCAAGCAGACACAUGAUGAGAAUAAAGAAAAACAUCAAUUAGGAGAUGACUGGUUGAUCCAAUACCAAAUUCUCAAAACUAACAAAAAGAGAACUGUAUAACGGACAGCAAUGAGAGUUGACAAUGGAAUCUAGGGAGUGAAAGGGUUAAAUAUUUUAUGUUUGAGUUCGAGUUUAUUCUAGCUAAUGCUGUUGAUGAACCAGAUCAAUAUCAGUAUCUGGGAAACUGCCCACCUACCCCUUCCCUAACCCAACAUUAACCCUAACUUGUUAUCAAUUGACUGUUUUUGGGUUAGGGGAGGAGUAGGUGGGCAGUUGCCUAGAUACUGAUAUUGAUCCGAUGAACCUACAAGUACAAUUUAAAGUGACUUCAAGGCUUUUAGGCAAUAGAACCCCUCUUUCAUAAUUCACAGUUAAUGAAUGGGUAUAGUUUUGUGUGUGUUUUUUAUUUUUCACUGCAGGGUGGGAAGUAUGAUGCAAAGGUAUUACUCAGUUAUUGUUAUUAUGGUGGAAUGAUUUACACAGCUCUGAAAAAAUUUGAAAAAGCUCUGUACUUUUAUGAAGUGGUGAGUAACCUUAAAUGCUGUGAGCAUGUUUAAUGACAUAGAAAAUUAUGUGUUGAUCUUGUAGACAAGGUAUUUUUACUGGGCAUAUUUCUAUCCCAUUUCCCUAGAUGGUGAUUUGUGCAAGUAUUGUAUGACUUAUUCAUGUUGUUCAUUUUGUAUCUGUUAUACUAAGAUCCCCUUAGACUUUUGGUACCUCAAAUAAAACUUCACUUGAUUAAAGGUAUCCAUAAUAAUUGCUUUCUUUAAGCAUUACAAUGUAGUAGCACUUGCUUGUGUAAUGGGAAAGUAAUGUUCCUAAUCAGGAGGUAAAUAACCAAAAAAUAAGCCUUUAGAAAGAACAAUAAACUAAAUGCCAUUCUAUAUGUUAGAAAAUGUUAGAAAGCCUCUUUGUGACUUUAUAAACUUAAGAAAUAUACAGACUGGUUGUCAGACAUGUCAAAUUAGGUGGCAGAAUGAAUUGCUAGAGGUCUGUUUUCCAAAUCAAUAAUUCCCUAACUCUUAACUUACAUUUUUUUGUUCUUCAGGCAGUCACCUGUCCAGCUGUUGAUGUUAGUCAUAUAAUGUUGGAAUCAUACAAAAAGUUCAUCUUAGUUUCUCUCAUUCUUCAUGGAAAGGUGAGACUGAUAUCUCUAAUGUUUGUGCUUUGUUAGUUCAUAGAUGUUUUGCCCCAUUGCAAUUUCUCUCUAAUAAUUUCCCCCAUCAGUUGCCUCAGAUUUUCACCACAGUCUCCUUUACCAGAUUGUGUUCUUUUAGCCCUUUACAGCCUAAAAUCAGUAUGUAUAUUCUCCAUACUGUUCGCUAUACAUUUCCUGAGGUUCUGACAAGGAGACUUUGUUCAACAAUCUAGAGCUUCUUUAGUUGGUGAUGAUUUAUUUUAUUCUCAUGAUCCUAAUGAAUGAUUCAGCAGUAUUAAUGUAGGGAGAAAUUAGAUGUGGGUCACUUUUAGGGUUUAAAGGGUUAAGAGAAGAGGGGAAUAAUAAUGGUCUUAGUAAAUUUCCAAACAUGUGUAAUUCAUCUAAACGGAAACACAUUCUGCCUCUGAGGAAAUUAGUUGAAAGAUUCCAAGACAAAUUUGUGAAGGUGGAAGUAACCUUGCUGUAGCAGAUGGGAUAAAUGUGUCAAUAUGAGGCAAACUAGUAGUGGAGAAGAAUUUGCAAUGGGUUGAAACUUCCUGAUACUGCUAUGAAUAAUUACUGAAGCUUUUAUUUUUGUGUUGAACUUUCAAGGAAAAUGUAGCUAACCAACAGUUUGACUUACUCAACAGAUUAUGGACCUUCCAAAAUACACUUCACAUGUGGUAAUGAGAUUUCUUAAGGUAAGAAUGAAUUUAAACACUUCUCAUUGACACAAAUGCAUAAUAUAACUGGGACUCAUACUGUCCUCUUGAACAUGAUAUUCAUCCAUGCAAAUGUGUGAUGCAUUGGUUUAAAACCUGUUUAGUUUUUUCACAGUGAACUAUGUAAUACAGUGUAGUGUGAUAUAUUUUUGUGCAAAGAGGUGAACAUGAGAGAAUGGGAAAUGAACAAACAAGAAAGACCUUUUAUCACUUCUUCCAAAGAGGCAAACUUUAUUUAUUGGUUAUCUAAGAAAAUAAGUGAAAGUUUUAAAUGAGCAAAUUUUCUUUUCAGCACUGUGGUAUGCACCAUAUUUGUUAUUGCAAAACAAUGAUUGAAUAAAUCUCUGAAACAAAAAAACAAUGGAUGAUUUAAAGAAUCAUUUGUGUAUGUUUGAUUAUGGGCAGCCUUUCAACAAUAUCAUCACCUGUUCAGCUGACGUUUAUAGAAGACAUUGUACUUUUUAUUUAAAAUAAAUGUAUUUUAUGUUAUGUCCUUAUAUCUCAGCCUCUGAGUGCUUCAUAUCAUGAACUUGCAUCAAGUUACUCUUCAAACAAUCCUAAUGAGGUUCGAACAGUAGCUACAAAGAAUGAGGAAACAUUCAGAACAGUAAGUAAAAUGUGGAAUGAGUAGUUAAGUGUUAUCUGUCAGCCAAGAAAUUAUUUCUGCUGUACAGAACACUUUUGGUAUCCAUAAUCCCUUUACAUAAUUUUCUCCAAUGUUUGUUCUUAACUUUUUAGGAAGGAAGUUCUGUACUUCCAAAUGUAAAUGCAAAUUUGGGCUUUUGGAGGUAGUUAUAAAUGAGAUGAGCCAAUAAACAAAAUUGAAAAAAGGUAAAAAAUAAAAUGAAUUGGCUACAUAUGGAGGGUUUUCCCUAAUUUUUUUAAAUAGUUCAACCUCAUAUUGGAGAUCAUAUAUGAAUUGAUUGUAUUGUCCAGAUGGUUCUGAUUCAUAUGAGAAUUUCUUUGGUUGAUUUUUUUGAUGGAGUGAAGCAGAUCUCAACAGACUCUUUGUUCUUUGUUAUUGUACUGUGUUUAAGAAUAGUCUGUAGUAUUCUGCUUAGCCAGUUGUGAAUAAUGGUAGAUACCCCUUUUGACAAAAGUUAAUUUAUUAUGUACUCAAGGACAACAACGUUGGUCUGGUGAAGCAAGUGGUUAGCUCUCUAUAUAAGAAGAAUAUUCUCAGGCUUACAAAGGUAUUUUAACUGCCAAGUUAAACUUGAAAAAGGAAUACAUAGUUACAAAACUGAGAAAUGGGAACAGGUUUAGGUGGAGACUUGCAUUCAUUGCAUUCCAAAGCAGAUGUGUUGCACAUUAGAAAGUUCUUUGACUGGAUUCAGUUUUAAAAUAGAAAAGUUAGGAGUGUGGGGUUCUAAAAAGUGAGUUUGACAAUGUUCAUUAGGUUCCAGUACUUAGUGGCAAUUGACAAGAAAGCAUUUUGGGUCCAUCAUUUUCUGACGGCAUUAUGCAAGUGAAGUAGGGUAGUUUGGUGUCAUCAACUGAGUUGAUAACGUAAAUUGGCCACCGUAAAGAGUUUAAGAGCUGACGAUUCAAGCAUUAGUCCUUCGUCAGGGCAAAUGAUUGCGCUCUGACGAAGGGCAAACGCUCGAAACGUCAGCUUUGUAACUCUCUACGGUGUCCAAUUAACGUUAUCAACUCGGUCAAUAACAUCAAAUUACCCUGUUAUACUCUCCCACCGCACCACAGUUUCUUUAGAAACUUACCCUCUAUUGUUAUGCAAAUGAACACUGUUUGUUUCGUGGCGCAGUCGUUGACGACUUAUGUCCUCAUUUGCUUUUAUAGUUUUACGUACAUGACAACUGAUGGGGCGAAAGGGUUGUUUUUGACACAGAAAUGAUUUGUUAGACAUCACUUUUAUUGACUGCGGAAAUGGCAAUCCUGAUCAGUUUUUGUGAGAAUGGUGACACUGCAAUGGUUUUUUGCUUUGUUAAUCAAGAAAGGGCUCAAUUAUUGUGCAAUAACGAUGAUAAUACAGUUUUUUUGCUUACAAAGAACGCCAUAAAGGUUCUCAAAGAAUACAGUUCACUGUAACUUCUCUAAACUUGGAGACAAGAUGUGGAGAACAUGUAGACGAGUUCAACUUGUUAUUAAACUCGCCUCCAUAUCCAAAUGUCCCUAAUUAAUUUAAUUUUUUUUGUUAACCAUUGUUUUUUCUUUUUGUUUGUCUUUUUUUUGUCAGACAUUUCUUACCCUGUCUCUGUCAGACAUGGCCAACAGAGUGCAACUAAGCAGCCCCAAGGAAGCCGAACAGUACAUACUCAACAUGGUAACAACAUUUUUAUUGUGCCUCUAAGAACAACCUUGGUUUAUGGAAACAGUGUAUGCAAAGAGCAAAAAUCGAUGUGUUGCUGGAAGUAAUGUGGGACUGGAUUGGACUGCACUCGUUUUGUAUAGCUUUGCUUACUGAUUGGUUUAGAAAACUCGUGGCACACUCUCAACCAAUCAGAUGCAAGACUAAAAGCUCUCCUUCAAAUUUCAUGAUACUCUCGAUGCGUUAAGUACAUGCAUAGUGUGUUAAUGAAUCCUUUUGAAGUCUUUAAGUAAUAUUUCUCUUUUCUUUCCAGAUAGAAGAUGGGGAUAUAUAUGCAAGCAUUAAUCAGCGAGAUGGUAUGGUUUCCUUUCAUCAAAAUCCGGAGAAGUACAACAACCCAAAGAUGUUGAAAAAGCUCGACAGUGAGGUAUAACUGGUUGUGCUUGGUGUGUGAGUGUGUGCGUGUGCAAACAGGGGAGGUUUUCAUUACUUUAGAUAAUGUGGCAACAUGGAUUGCAAAUAAUUGAAAAAUUAGGCCUAAAUAUUCGUUCUAUAUUGUCACUGAUGAAGUGGAUAAUAAAGCUCCUUUGUCCUCUUCGCAGAUGCGGCUAUUCCAACAUCUCGACGAAAAGCUACAACAAAUGGACCGAGAGCUGGCUACAAACCCACAGUUUGUUCAGAAGGUAAUACAAGUUUUGUGUUUGAGAGUAGUGUUCCUUGUUGGAAUCCCGUCGAUAUCGUCAUUUUGCCGACAAUUUUACGAAAUUAUCUCGUUUCUCAUUUCAAGUCGGGAUGAACUGCAAAUUAAUUUAGAAUUUCAAAAGUAUUCAAAAGUGAAACGUUCCCCUUCGUUGCUAGCGUGCAUUUUGAUUGAGUUUCCUUAAAUCUAGAUCAAUGUAAUCUUGAUCACACGGCCAAUCAGAGCAAAGUUACAAAAUUACAAGGAGCCAAUCAUGAAUUAAAGUAAAAGCAAGCACGCUGUCUAAAGCGCGGGAAAAGGUUUGCAGUCAAGUCACCAACGUUGUGUCAAUGUUGUAUCUGAUUGGUUGAGGGGAUGAUAUCAACUUUUUUUCCAUUGACUCUGUGAUAAACUCAUGCCUCUUAACCAAUCAGCUGCGAAAAUGACCUGUUCUCACGCAUUUUUUUCGCGCUUCAGGCAGUGUUCUAGUUUUUACCUUGAGUUCUUAGUGAUUCCACUUGAUAUUUACCUUUGCUUUGUUAGCCUUUGUUCUUACUCUGGUUUGAUUCUACGAUAAUUUUUCUUUCCUUUUUUCUGUUUAGACCAUGGGAACACAUUGUGACGAGGAUGUAAUGAUGAGUAGAAUGAGAGGGGAUGAAGGACUGAUGUGAGAGCCAUGUCUCGUUCAACAAUUUUGCUUCUGAGCAUGUUUGCAAAUCGAUAUCUUCAAUGACCCUCUGUCUAUGAAGUUUGUACCUUUGAGAAAGCAGAAAUUAUGGAGUUGUUAAUCUACUUAACUCUGUACAGUAGGAAUUAUUGAACACGUGACUUAAAAGCUAACCCUCUCGCCUUCUUUUAAGGGAACAGUAAAAAUAAAGUUUAGUAAAAAUCUGAACUUUGUUAGCGUAAUGAUGUUCGGGUUUCGUUUUUUUCUGUUCUUUUUUUUUUGGUUUAUUAUCGUUUUUUUCUCCUCCAUGACGCGGGACUGGGUGGCUCUAUCCUUUUAUAUCUUGUUGCAUUUCGGGAAACUGUGGAAGUAACACAUUUAAUAUUUCAGGGUAGGCGCGCCAAAAAUCUAUCGAGUCCAAAAGAAAUGGAGAGGGGGAUUUUUUUCGGCUCAGUACUUUGCUGUAAUUAUUUCACAAAAAGAUGAAAAUUUAAACAUUUUCCAGAUUAAUGCCAUCUCAGCCUUAGAGAAAGCAUGUUUCCGGGAGACAUUUGAAAUUGCAUCAACUUGCUUGUUGGAGUAAAAUUUUGCUGAGAAUGUCUUCAAGGGUGCCAGCGUUUAAAGACUGAUAAAAUUUGUUUAUAUCGUGUUUUCCUGAUUUAGUUUUGGUACGUAUUUUUUCCACUUUCUUUCUGUGGUCAAGGAAAGCAAUGAUCCUUGCAGGAGAGCAGCAAUUUCAGCAAUUGCAGAAAUGAACCCAGGAAAAAAUUCAGGGCCCCGAGGAGAUUCGAGCCCAUUUCUUUCCAGGGCGCUACAACCAACUGAGCCACAGAGCCGUACGUUGGGAGCGAGGCAAAUCGUAAAUGGGAUAAAUUUGGGGUACAUUUGUUUUGUUCGUUUUCAAGAGCGAUGUUUAUUGUACUUGAAUUAAACAAAUCUCACUCAAUUUUCCAGCCUACUAGUAAAUUAACGUUGCUAUGGCAACGACGUUCAACGCAAACUCUGCUAACUCGGAAAAAGAAAUUUCAAAAUUGUUCUAUUAAAGUGUACUGUAAUGUAUUGUUUUGUAAUUUUCCUUCAAUUUCUUCUUUAUUUAAACAUCUUGGAAUAUAUGUUUGCAUGAAUCUGUACCACUGCCCACAUUUAGCAGCCGUGAUAGUGUCUAUGUUUCUCUGCAGGGCCUGAUGUAGCAAUUGAGUGCGGCAAUUGCCUAACGCGAUUCCUUGUCGUCUUGCCUCUGCUCUGUUGUUCAUCUGUUCUUACUGCUCUGGACGACUUAUGUCCACUUUAUGGCUGCUUUUAAGGUACUUACUGCUUGCUCUACGAUGUUCAGAAACGGGCUGUAUGGUGGUAUUAUGCUCAGAAUUCGAACCAGGAAUGGCAGGAUUGUUGUGGGCUGGUGCGCCGUUAUAAAUGAAAAUCACAUGUUUAUUUGGGUCGAGAUUUAUUUCAUCAAAAUUUCAUCAUCCACUCGAACAUUAUUUGCUCCUCCUCGUGGUAUCUCCGCUAUCCUUCCCUCUCGUAAAUAUCGUGCAACGAUACUUCUUGCCGUUGAUCGGUUUACUCCGAUAGUAGCAGCAUCCGUCAAAUAAUCUUCAUUAACAUCUUAGAAGGCUUGAAUAAUUCUUUGUCGCUGUUCAAAAAGAAUUUGGUUUCUUGAUGGCAUGAUUUUCUUCGGUUAUUUCUGUCUUCAAUGCGUCUACUUGUUCAUACAGCGUACUCUAUUUCUUACAGUGUACUGUACAUGUAAAAUGUUCUUCAUUUUAUAUCAGCUUCAGUAUUUUAAAAUAUAUGUAACUACGAUGAAUGACAUUGAUGAAUAUUUUUUCUUCCAAAUAUUCAUUCGAAAAACAUUAAUGUUUGUCAGUUCACGUUAAUGAUUGACCAUUUUGAAUAAACGAUUGUAUGAAGGUGCAAUUGAUUGAGCGUCUCUAUGCAUAUCUCUAUGUAUAUCUCUAAGACGCAAUUGAUUGUCAUACUAUGCUAUUGAUUUUCUAUUGAUGUUAAUGAUAAACCAUUGCGCGUGAUUAAAAGUUUAUUUGUUAUGUUUCAUUGUCCAAAGGUGCAAUUGUUCAUCCGUUAAUGCUAUUGAAUGUUAAUACACAUGCAAAUAGCAUUAUAAUUCUUGAAAGUUCGUUGCGUUAAUGAAGUUCAUAGAAGUGCUGAGUAAUGUAUAUUUGCCGUAUAGUUUCAACUGUUGACGUAAAUGAAUGUACAUUUUGCGUAAAUGAACAGCAAAAGAUGUAUAGAGUAACUGUGAAUAUAUAAUAAAUUGUAUAAUAGGUUAUACAUAGAACGCUGGUGUGUCGUGACACCAUUACAUGCUACAAUUGAUGCUAAUGUUAUAAUCUAGUUCAUUCAUGACAGUUGUUCAGUUCAGUUUUUUUCCUUCUUUCGCACUUUUCUUCUUAUACCCAAUCUGAGAACUUAUUGGGUGGAACCUGUGGUGGAUUGAUAUCCUUAAAAACAUCAAUCAAAUCUUCCGCAGAUCCACUCUUAGCCUUUUUAGCGCCCAGCUCUUUUAAAAUUUCUUUAAUAUAGCUCUGGGUUGUGAGAACCCACUCUGUUGGUGCAUGCAGAUUUUGUUCCUUUGCCUUUGCUGUCUGUAUUGGUGUACCGACCUUUCCUCGUAUUCGAGCUUCUGUAUCGUGAAAUGGUGUGGUGUCAACGGAUCCAAUUCGCACUGCAAACAGAACUGAUGCUUUUACUUCAGGCUUUGAUGCAGUUGCCGCUCGAUUUGAGUCUUUGUUUAGCUUCGACUCAAUUAUCUUUUGUAAUUGCUCCAUUCGAUUGUUGCUAUUCCUUUUGAUAGACUUGUGAGUAAAACCAACUUUAACUAGCUUCCAUUCCUCAUCUCCUGCUAUUGGAAAAUUAUUCAGGACUAUAGCAUACACAUGGGGACAAUCUUUCUCCCGGCGAAUGCGAUCGUCCAAGUCCUUCUUUUGAGCAUAACUGUUUAGCUCUCUGAUGAAGUCAUUUCCAUUAGUCCCUUUCCAAAACCAUUCUAGAAAAGCAUCAGGCUCCAUUGUGAAAUUUAGUUCAUCCAUCAAAUCAGAUAAACGUCUUGCCAUUUUAAGGUUAUAACAAUUCACAUGAAUCUUUGCUGAAAACUCUAUGUGAAGCGUGAUGGAGCAUGAAAACCAUAUAAUGUUAUAACCUAAGUUAAAACAUUGCUGAUUGGUUGAGAUAGGUCAUACAACUGUAAGAAUAAAAAUUUGAUGACUCACUGAGAGAGAACCUGUUAGACUUCCUGUUUUAUCGAGAAUCACGUCUUCCUGUUUUUCUGAGAAUGUCGCGCUAUAAUGAUAAUUCUUUUACAAAUUUUGGCCUUCAGAGGUUGUUAGAAAUGAGAUGUGCCCGGCAAAACUGAUGACAAAUAAAAAGACAAAUAAAAUGGAUUGGCUAUGCUUGGAAGGUUUUCCCAAAUUCUUUUUUUAAAUAGUUCAGGGUCGGGUUGUUCAAAGCUCAGGGUUAGGAUAACCCAUGGUUGGAGUGAAAUGUGAUUUUGGAUCUAAAAGCUUUAAAGUAAAAUUCAUUACCAUUCAUUUUUACCACAAAUUGAUGAUUGGAUACCCUAAAAGAAAAAGAUGAAAUUAUCCGGAAAAGGCUUUUGAACAAAGGAACAAGGAAAUCUGGAUUAAAAUUUAACCCUGGGUAAGUACUAAUCCGACUUUGAAUAACUGGGCCCAGUCAAAAGAUCAUGAAUUGAUUGUUUUGUCCAGAUGGUUGCGAUUCAUAUGAGAAUUUUCUUUGGUUAACUUUUUGGAUGUAGUAAGGCAGAUCUCAACAGAUUCUUUGUUCUUUAUUAGUGUGCUGUGUUUAAGAAUAGUCUGUAGUAUUCUGCCUUGCCAGUUGUGAAUAAUGGUAGAUACCCCUUUUGACAAAAGUUAAUUUAUUAUGUACUCUAGGACAACAACGUCGGUCUGGUGAAGCAAGUGGUUAGCUCUCUUUAUAAGAAGAAUAUUCUCAGGCUUACAAAGGUAUGCGUAACUGCCAAGUUAAACUACAUUUUGGCACACCUACAUGCUCCAAUGAAAAUAAUUUGUUCACUCUAAGGUAUAGAAUAAAAAUUAAAUUUUACAGAAGGAAUACAAUUAGUUACAAAACUGAGAAAUGGGAACAGGUUUAAGUGAAGACUUGCAUUCAUUGCAUUCCAAAGCAGGUAUGUUGGAUGUUAGAAAGUUCUUUGACUGGGUUCACUUUAAAAAUAGAAAAGUUAAGCGUGUGGGGUUCUAAUAAGUGAAUUGACCAAUUUCAACCCCUAGGGUCCAGUGCUCAGCAGCAGUUGACAAGGAAGCACUUUGGGUCCAUCAUUUCUGAUGGCAUUAUGCAAAUGAAGCAGGGUAAUCAAGUAUUAUCAGCUGAGUUGAUACUGUAAAUCGGUCACCGUAAAGAGUUUGAAAGCUGACGAUUCCAGCGUUAGCCCUGCGUUAGAGCGAAUGACUACGCUCUGAGGAAGGACAAACGCUCGAAUCGUCAGCUUUGUAACUGUCUAGUACAUGGCGUGAAAUUGCGCCUAAUACAGGCGCCAAUACGACUAAAUUUUUCACUUUGGCGACCAAAUCCUGAAAAUUUUUUAUGUUUCGUCAUAACCUCACCUAGCGAUAUAGUGAAUUAAGAAGAUUUGCAAAGAUAAAUCCGCAACAAACUUCCUCGUCAAGUUUGUUUCCAAAACGCAGCACAUGCGUCUCGAUCGAUAACUAGACGCCAUCUUAAAUUUAGGUGAGCUUGAACGUUGCAUAUCAUCCAUCCUAGUGUCCACUUUGUAGCACGUUAAAGAUCUUUUCCCUAACACAAUUUCUAGCACGAUGACAGUGUAAAAAAAGGUUUUGUUUGUCUUUGAAAUUGGCGACCAACUUUUUUUUAAUUGGCUACCACUUUUAAGAAUUUAGGAGCCAAGUGGCUAUCAGAAAAAAAAAUUAAUUUCACGCCCUGUCUACGGUGGCAAAUUAACGUUAUUAACUCAGUCGAUAACACCAAAUUACCCUGUUUUACUCUCCCACCGACGCAGCACCACAGUUUCUUUAGAAACUUACCCCCUGUAUUCUUAUGCAAAUGAACACUGUUUGUUUCGUGGCGUAGUCGUUGUCGAUUUAUGCCCUCAUUUGCUUUUAAUAUUUUUACGUACAUGACAACUGAUGGGGUGAAAGGGUUGUUUUUAACACAAAAACAAUUUGUUAGACAUCACUUUCAUUGACUGCGGAAAUGGCAAUCCAGAUUAGUUUUUGUGAGAAUGGUGACACUGCAACGGUUUUUUUACUUUGUUAAUCAAGAAAGGGCUAAAUUAUUGUGCAAUAACGAUGAUAAUACAGUUUUUUUUUUGCUUGCAAAGAGAACCAUAAAGGUUCUCAAAGAAUACAGUUCACUGUAACUUCUCUAAACUUUGAGACGAGAUGUGGAGAACAUGGAGACGAGUUCAACUUGUUAUUAAACUCGCCUCCACAUCCAAAUGUCUCUACUUAAUUAAUUUUUUUCGUUAACCAUUGUUUUUUCUUUUUGUUUGUCUUUUUCUUUUUUGUCAGACAUUUCUGAGACCCUGUCUCUGUCAGACAUGGCCGACAGAGUGCAACUGAGCAGCCCCAAGGAAGCCGAACAGUACAUACUCAACAUGGCAACAACAUGUGCAUUGAACAACCUUGGUUUAUGGAAACAGUUUAUGCAAAGAACAAAAGUCUAUGUGUUGCUGGAAGUAAUGUGGAACUGGAUUGGACUGCACUCGUUUUGUACAACUUUGCUUUCUGAUUGGUGUAGAAAAUUCGUGGCACGCUCUCAACCAAUCAGAUGCAAAACUAAAAGCUGUCGCAGCUUUGUGUCUCGCGUUUUCCCGCGCUACAGGCAGUUCCCGCCGAAGUUGCUCGUUGCCCUCUAGACUUAUUGAUAAAUUUUCCUUCGUUUUGAUCGGCCGUUGUCACCACAUCUAAGCUCUGGUUUAAGUUUUUUAUACAUGUUCGAAAAGCAGCGCUCUCCUUCAAAUUUUAUGAUGCUCUCGAUGCGUCAAGCACAUGCGCCGUGUGUUCAUGAACCUUUUUGAAGUCUCUGAGUAAUAUUUCUCCUUUCUUUCCAGAUAGAAGAUGGGGAUAUAUGUGCAAGCAUUAAUCAUCGAGAUGGAAUGGUUUCCUUUCAUCAAAAUCCGGAGAAGUACAACGACCAAAUGAUGUUGAAAAAGCUCGACAACUAGAUAAACUGGUUGUGGUUGGUGUGCAGGUGUGCAAGCAGGGGAGGUUUUGAACACUCUAGAUAAUGUGGCAACACAGAUUGCAAAUAAUUGAAAAAUUAGGCCAAAAUAUUCAUUGUAUAUUGUCACUGAUGAAAUGGAUAAUAAAGCUCCUUUGUCCUCUUCGCAGAUGCGGCUAUUCCAACAUCUCGACGAAAAGCUACAACACAUGGACCGAGAACUGGCUACAAACCCACAGUAUGUUCAGAAGGUAAUACAAGUUUUGUGUUUUAGAAUAGUGUUCCUUGUUGGAAUCCCGUUGAUAUCGUCAUUUUGCCGACGAUUUUACGAAAUUAUCACGUCUCUUAUCGCAAGUUGGGAUGAACGUUGUCUCGGUGUUGUAUCUGAUUGGCUGAGGGGAUGACAUUAACUUUUGUUUCCAUUGGCCCUUUGAUAAACUCACAUCACCCUCUUAACCAAUCAGCUGCGAAAAUAAUAACUUGUUUUCCAGCAUUUUUCCGCGUUCCAGGUAGUGUUCUAGUGUUUCCCUUGAGUACUCAGUGGCUCCACGUGAUAUUUACCUUUGUUUUGUUUGGCCUUUGUUCGCACUCUGGUUUGGUUCUACCAGAAUUUUUCUUUCCUUUUUUCUGUUUAGACCAUGGGAACACAUUGUGAUGAGGAUGUAAUGAUGAGUAGAAUGAGAGGAGAUGAAGGACUGAUGUGAGAGCCAUGUCUCGUUCAGCAAUUUUGCUUCUGAGCAUGUUUGCGAAUCGACAUCUUCAGUGACCCUCUGUCUAUGAAGUUCGUACCUUUGAGAAAGUAGAUGCUAUGUUAUGUUAAUCUUUUAACUCUGUGCAGUAGGAAUUACUGAACGCGUGGCUUAAAAGUUAACCCUCUC